AUGACCACAGCGACAUUACGACUCAGCUUCCCGCAUCACGCGCGUGCUUUCGAUGCGCUUCAGAUCGCCUGCCAGUACCCGGCACUCCGCAGUGCGCGAGGCAGAACGGCGGAUUCUGGCGCGAAUGAAUCCACAGACCCAUUCAGUACUGGGGAUCUGCAUCCGAACAAUGUCAAUCGAGACAGCAAUGGCGAGUUCAGAACAGCGGACUUCAACGAUGCAAUAGGACAGUCCUCUGUCAAUGCAUGGGCGUGGAAUAGCAACGUCGACAACAACUUGCUCGCUUCUGACUCAUUCGACAUGCCUGGUUUGAGUCUGUCAGACGUGAACUGGUUAUCGCCCCAAUACUCAGGCCCCAUUGACCUGGAUGCACUACUCGCAAACUUCGGAGGACAAGCUAAUGGCACCGUGGAGCAAUGGACUUGUUCCAUCGCGCCAACAACACCCUCAAUACCUGCGAUCACCAAAACAUCACAUUCAUCAGAUCCAAAUAGGAUGAUAUCUGAUACAGACCAGCAGUCAAAGGAUACUGCCUCCGUAUUAUCUACAUCGACGUCGGAAAACAGAUACUACGUUGAUGGGGCAGGUGCCAGAGCCCCGUUCGGUGGCAGAUCGCAACACUCGGUUUGCUCAGAAGAAACCAUCGACUUGCAAGAUGCGGAAGCUAACGAUGCUUCUGCAUCGCUUGAUACCUCUGACGAAGACAAAUUGUGUCCACCAGCAGCCUAUCAAUCUCUGCUGGAAGGCAUUGCUGCUGAAAGCCGCGAUAGCCCAGUCGAUUUGAGCGCUUCGAACUUUCCCACGUAUGAGCAAGUCGUAAUCUCUGUUCGCCAGUACUUUGACCAUUUCCACCCAGUAUUCCCCUUCCUGCGGCGGUCUUCCUUCGCCCAAGAUGCUUCCAAGAGCUGGCUCUUGCUAAUCGCCGUCUCUGUUAUCGGCUCAAAGUACUCACGGCUAUUGCAGCAUUCCCUAACAAGCGAAUCCCUAUUUGGUCUGCUGAGUACCAUUCUCACCCGGAGCAAGUAUGGACUAGACCCACAAGGUUCGGCAGGUAACGAGGACGUCGAUUACAGCCCGAGCUGUUCCCGGUUCGUUGCUCACCCAGAUGUCCGGAUUCUACAGGCUGGCAUCCUGAAUAUCGCUUACAUGCUGCAUUCGGGUAAGAAAGCUCUGGUAGAACGUGCCCAUGUAGAGCGAUACUACCUAGUAGAGGGCUGCCACACACUCCGUCUACUUGUUCAGACGAAGAAGUCUUACGAUCUGACAAGGACGGCUGAUCCUGAGCAAAACCCCGACUUUCGUGAAUGGCUGUCGAGAGAGGCAAUGACACUCGAUACGAUAUUCGUGUAUCAGUUCCAGGCUAAGCCCCUCAUUCAGUUCGACGAUAUUGACGUAUUGUUGCCAUGUCACGAGGAGGUAUGGGACCAACCAGGCCUAAUUCGACAGAACCAAAGACGUCUCACAAGUGUUACCUUUAUAGAAGCACUAGAGAUGAUCUACGUGGAAAAGCGGCUACCCGUGGAUCUAGGAGAGUUCAGCAUGGGCUUACUUGUCAGUGCCAUCUAUCGCCAUACCCGGGACGUCGUGGCCCGAGAUCGCAUUCGUCUUAACUCAUGGACACCAACAUCUACGCCACAGCGACGUAGCGAUAUGCCACCACCCAUACAACAAGACUGGUCGCCGACAACGCGGUCUUCCAUCAAGUGGCGUAACAGCGCCUGUGACAGCUUGGAUGUCCUGCAUUGGCCUGCGAAUAGUAAGGUCGCACGCCACUCGGGCUUCGAGCACCACACUAUCCUCCAGCUGCAUCUAGCUCGCCUGAUCAUACUUGCACCCACUAGCGCCAUACAGCGGUUCGUAUCGGUAUCUGCAUCCAACGAAGCCGCGCUAGUCGAUGCGGAAGACGGACAGUCCUUCGCGACGGCGCGAAUUCAGGUCCUACAAUGGGUGAUUCGAGAUCACUGCAAAGCUAGACUGUGUCUGGUGCACUGUGGGGCCCUUUUCUGGCACGUCCGCAGGUACAGUUGUCGCAGCCUGUUCGAGCCAUAUGCGAUUUACAUUGCGACACUCAUACUUUGGGCCUUCUGCGUCUGCAUGCAUCUUCCCGAAGCCGUUGAAGCCAUUGGUUCUGAGUCAGAUGAGGAACCGGAACCAUCAUUCCUCCAUCUUGACCGGCCAUUGGACGAUGAGCUAGUACAGACGUAUGUGCGUAUGGGGCAUAAGAUGUCCGCAUACAUUGCCAAUGUCGGCAGUCUAGAGCAUGAAGCAGCUCCGCAAGCCCACGACCACGAUAGUACCAUAACCGGCAACGGCCAAGUUCUCGUAUUCUUCGGCACAAUAGACGCCGGAGCCUCACGGCGCUUCUCCAUCGGGGGCCUUAGUGAAGGAUCCACGCUACCGGUAGAGUGGUCACGCCCCGCACGCGUCUUCCUGGAAAAUGCCGCGCCUAGGAACAUCUCCACCGGAGUGUUGCCUUUGCAGGAACAGGCCAAGCCUGACAUGCACCCCAUGGGGUAG